AUGGCUCAACCAUCGCUUCUGGGGUACAGGGAAAUACAAAAGAAAUUCCCAGAAAAUCAAUUUACAAAUAAAGACAUAUUGUACCAACAAAUAAUCCAAGAUAAACCAAAUAGAUCACCAAGC